AGCGAUCACGGAGGCGUCAUCAUACGCACGAGCGCUGUCCGUUUGAAUCAGUGGGUUUACAGACGCGUAUCCCUUCACACAGUUAUAAGUCGAAUGAUUUGCAUUUUAAAGCGUAUUUAACCAAAUGCUUAUCUGAAUUUGGAUUUAACCCACUGAACCUUUAUAUGGACUGCGCGCUUUGCAGCAUUUUAUCCCACUGUAUUUUCCCCGUAGUCAGAUAGUUAGAUUUCAAAUUAAGACGAAAUGGCAACGGACGAGCUGUCAUCGAAGCUAAACCGUCGGCUGCAGAUCGAGGACGGCGACCACGACGCGGUGGCUUUGGACGGGUCUCAUGAGAAUGGAGCUCACGAGAAACCGGCCACGGCCAGCGCGGAUUCAGAGCUGGGAGCCAAACUGCAGCGGCGCGGGGAGCUGAACGAGGGCGUCGGUGGACAUCAGCAGCCCAGCAUGAAGGUGUUCAACCCCUACACAGAGUUCAAGGAGUUCUCGAGGAAGCAGAUCAAAGACAUGGAGAAGAUGUUCAAAGAGUAUGAUUCAGAGAAGGAUAACUACAUAGAUCUGAUGGAGCUGAAGCUGAUGAUGGAGAAACUCGGAGCACCUCAGACUCAUCUGGGCCUGAAGAACAUGAUCAAAGAAGUAGACGAAGACUUGGAUGGCAAACUCAGUUUCAGAGAGUUUCUCCUUAUCUUCAGAAAAGCAGCAGCAGGAGAGCUGGCAGAGGACAGCGGACUUCACGUCUUGGCACUUUUGUCGGAGAUUGACGUGUCAACUGAGGGAGUGAAGGGAGCCAAAUCAUUCUUUGAGGCAAAAGUGCAGGCCAUUAACGAAUCAAACCGGUUUGAGGCGGAAAUCCGUAAUGAGCAGGAGGAGAAGAAGCGUCAGGCAGAAGAGAGGAAACAAAGACAAGCCGCUUUCAAAGAGUUGAAGUCAGCCUUCAAAUAGCCGCAUCCACCUCUACAGCCUCGAUUUAUGUGUGUGUCUGUCUGUCUGUCAUCAGUCCCCCGCAAUCAGAGAUACUAUGCAAGGCUGUGAAAUGCUCAGAAAUCCAUGCAGAUUCAUCUUCCUGAGAGAGGGAACACCUGUGUAGUUUGUGCUCAUGAGCGGAUCUCUUGUCUAGUUUUAUCUUUGCCUCUUUCUCUCGCUCUCUCUCAGGCUGAUUUUGAAUGUGAAGCCAGACACUGAUCUCGGUACACUGGAUUGGAUUUGUUCUGUUGCAGUCGCAUGAGUAUAUAUGUACUGUAGUUCAUUCACCUCAUCGUUGCGUCAGUAUCGGUUUAGCUUUAACGGCAUCUUGUGUCUUGUUCUUGUCAAUGUGUCAGUAGGUUUAAUUCUAACGCUUAAGGGGUUUUAAAGGUUUUUUUUAAUCGACUUGUACUCUCAGUAUUCCAUAUCCUAUCUGUUGUAUUCAUAUCAGUGGCAUCAUUUCCUUUUUAUCCAGGAAAUGCUUUACACUGUACCGUAACUAAUUAAAUUUUCCUCACUGACCCUUUAAACAUGAGAGGAUUAGUGUACAUCAGAUCUCUGCUCUUGUUCACAGAAACAUUAAGAGCAUAAAAUAGUCUAUAUUUUUACUGAGCAGAGAGAGAGAUGAAGAGGUGGUUUUGGGUGUAUGCAUGUGUGGUGAUGAUUGUAAUGGUGUUUGUUGAGUGUUUAUAUAUAGUUUUUUGCAUGGUCACUGUGGUGUCGUUGUCCAUACAUGGUUCCCUUUAGUCUGUAAGGUGUCCAGUAUUCAAUGUGGCACACACAUGCUUUACAAUUGGUCUAUAAAAUCAAAAUGGGAAAUUACUGUAAAUGUAAAAUGGCUUACAAAAGCAAGUAAUUGCAACUUAGUUUCAACAAUUUUGUGGUUCAUGUCAAUGGAGGUGUUGGUAGGACAAGGUCAUCUGACUGUUUAACCUCUGAACCCCUGUAUUGAGUUUCCAUGUGUGCUAAACGAUUAACUGUGACAUGCUAAUGGGGUCAGUCAGAUACCAGAUGGAUGAGUGAAAUCCACCACCUCAGCUUUUGUUUAAAGGAAUAGUUCACCCAUAGUUUUAUUUACUUACCCUCAUGUUGUUCUAAACAUGUAU